AUGUCAGAGUCAUACCUUGAGCAGUGGUUUGCACAGUACCAGGAUUUUGAGCGGACAGACGGGGCGAGCGUGAUUAUGCCGGAUGGGUUUGAGCGGCUGUGUACGGACUUGGGGUACGAUAUGGCGAACAUUGAGCCGUUGGUGCUUAUGUGGAAGCUUGAGUGUUCCGAGCUGGGCAUGGUGACGUAUGAUAAGUGGGAGUCGUCACUCAAGGCGAUGAAUUUUGCGAAGGAUAUUUUACCAGUAAUCAAAACGCAAGAUAACAGGUUGUUUGACAAGUUUGUAAAUUUUUUGGAUUCGGACAGCGAAAAGUACAAGACUAUUAAUCGUGACCAGUGGCAAUCGCUUUUGGCGCUUUCAAAGAGUAUGGACAGCAACCUUACUGGGUAUAGUAAAGAGGAUGCAUGGCCUGCACUUUUUGAUGAGUUUGCCGAUUGGGUUCAGAAGCAGAACUAA